AUGUCUAAGCCUAUUAUUUUUGUGUCAUGGAAUUGCAGAGGGGGUCUUUUGAAUUUUAGGAAACAAAAAUUCAUCAAAUCUUUAGUUUCUACAAAUAAGUUGUUUUUUCUUGGUUUGGCCGAGUCUAAAAAAGAAGUUGUUUAUGAUUUUUUGAUUCGUAAUUUAUGGCCAAAUCUUGAUUUUGGUUAUGAUUGGGUUCCAUCAAUUGGUGCAUCUGGGGGUUUGAUUUUAAUUUGGCAUGCAAUUUUAUUAAAUUCUAUUUCUAUUUCCAAGGGUUCUAGAUGGAGAUCUAUGAAUUUUAGUUUCAAGAAUUCAUCUUAUCGUCAUAUUCUUAUCUAUGCUAGCAAUGUGGCUACAGAGAGAUCGUUUUUUUGGCAGGAACUUCAGGUUCUGUUGACAUUCCCAGGGAUUACUAUGAUUAGUGGAGAUUUUAAUGAAAUCAUCCGCCCAGAGGAAAGGUUGAAUUGUGUGAAUUACUCUCCCUCAAUGGAAGCUCUGAAUGAUUUCAUUAAUUCAGCAGAGAUGCAGGACAUACCUCUUUCAGGGAGACAGUUUGCUUGGCAUAAUUCGCACUCGAGAUCCAGAAUUGAUAGAUGUUUGGUUUCUGCUUCUGCUAGUUUAUGUUGGCCGAACCUUUCUCUCACUGCUCUGUCUCAGGGACAAUCUGAUCAUGUUCCUAUUUGUUUUCGGUCAGCUAACAAUUUUGAUUGGGGUCCUCGUCCGUUUCGAUCUGUAGAUGCUUGUCUUACUCGAAGACUUAGAGAGUUACGUGGUCGUAUUAAAGUUUGGAAUGCUGACGUGUUUGGGGAUCAAAAUAAAAUUGCCAGAGAGCUUACUGGUAUCAUCCUUGCUAAAGAUAUAGAGGCUGAAUCAAGAACACUAUCAGAGGAGGAGCUUAAUGAGAUUGCGAUUCUCAAAAAUAAUCUUUGGGUGGCGGAAAAUCGAAUUGAAUCUCUUUGGAUUCAAAAAUCUCGGGUCAAGUGGAUUUUUUCAGGCGAUAGGAACUCGAAGUUCUUUCACAGUAUUGCUUCCAACCAUCACAGAAACAACCUUAUUACUUCUAUUCAAGUAGGAGAAGAGAUUUACGUUGAGCCGGCUGAUUUGAGGUUCCAGAUUAGAGACUACUUUUGUUCUCUCUACAAAAGGAGAGCGAGAGUGCGUUAUGAUCUGUCAUUGCUAGAAUUUAAACAUAUUUCAUCAGAGCAUGUUGCUUCUCUGAUUCGGCACUUUGAUGAGGAGGAGAUAUAUGCAGCGAUUUGUUCUUGUCGUGGAAGAAAAGCACCAGGGCCGGAUGGUUUUAACUUUUACUUCUACUACAAAGCAUGGCCAAUUAUGAAAAGAGAGAUUGUCGAGAUGUUUUGGACCUUUCAUAGGACGGGUUUACUGCCUAAGGGAAUCAACUCUUCAUUUAUGGUUCUUAUCCCUAAGGUGAUCGGGUCUUUUGAGCUCAAAGACUACAGACCUAUUAGCCUUGUGAAUGGUAUUUACAAGCUUCUAUCGAAAACUCUAUCUAUUUGUUUGGCUCCUAUUUUACCUGUUGUUGUUUCAAAUUGUCAGCAUGCAUUUCUGAAAGGUAGGAGCAUUCUGGAGUGCUCUAUGAUUGCUAAUGAGAUACUUCACAUGGCUAAUAGACGGAAACAAAAGUUGUUGGUGCUGAAAAUUGAUUUUCAGAAGGCUUUUGAUAGCAUAGACUGGAAUUACUUGAUUUCACUGCAGAGGGGUGUGCGACAGGGAGAUCCUAUCUCUCCAUAUUUGUUAGUUCUUGCAGUAGAGGGUCUGGAAUGUUUGCUGGAUAAGGCUUGUCAGAUGGGUUUUACUACAGGUUACUCUUUUACGGACAGGUGUGAUCCUUUAUCUCUUUUGCAGUUUGUAGAUGAUACUCUGAUUUUUAUCCCUUAUGAUAUUAGUAAGCUUAAGAAUUUGACGAGGAUUCUUCGGUGCUUUGAGGUUGUUUCUGGUCUGAAAAUUAACUUUCAUAAAAGCUCAAUUAUGGGAGUCAAUGUAAAUGAGAGUGAGUUGGCGAUUGCAGCUAAUGUGGUGGGUGGUAAGGUGGAGAAUCUUCCUAUUAAGUAUCUUGGUUUGCCUCUGUUGAGACGGCAACUUGCUACCGGGUUCUGGGAUCAUGUGGUGGACCGGUUCAAAGUUAAGCUUGCUUUGUGGAAGGGUUCUCUCCUCUCUCCUGCAGGCAGGAUGCCGUGUGGGGUUCAGAGUAAGCUGGAAUCAUAUAUGAAGCGCUUCCUCUGGAAAGGUGAUGUUUCAUCUAGAGCCCUUUGUAAAGUUUCCUGGGAUGUAAUUUGUCAGAAUUUUGAGAAUGGUGGUCUGGUGACAGGAACUCUCUUUGGUACCUUGUUGUUUCAAACUGCUCUCUUCUCUCGGAUUGGGAUUCUCUUUGUUUGGAGAUUCCAAAAAAAAUCUAAUAUUUGGAAGGGUAUCAAAAAGAGUUGCUGUAAUGACAAAUUUAUCUGGAAUAUCUUUAUUGAUAAUGUGCGAUAUAAAGUGGGUGAUGGGCAUACUAUUUCAUUGUGGUUCGAUAAUUGGAUGGGGAAUAGGACAGCUUUUGAGCGUUUUUCAAAGCUUUUUAAUCUUUCAAAUCAAAAGAACGCUUCUAUAUAUCAUAUUUGGCGAGAUGGUUGGAAAUGGAGACGACGAUUGAGGGGUGCAGAAUCUUAUUUACUGGUUGAUCUUCAGAACCAGUUUAAUGGUAUAGCAAGACGGGACAACAAUUUUGACACCAUCUCUUGGAACUCUGCUUCAGGAACAUUCACUACAGCUUCCUUCUGUAAACUUUUAGCUGCUGCUAAGCUUUUUUCUCAGGUAAAUGUUUCUGCAGCUACUGAGCUUCCAAGAGCAGACCUGUUGCACGUUAAUGUCACUGCUACUGUCCAUUCCGUUAAUGAAAGUCACCUGCUCCAACGUCAAAGACGUACUGUUUCUGCUCAAUGGGAUGACCAUUAUGUUGGUGAAGUAAAUAAUGGUUUGGCAGCUAAUAUUGAUACCCCCAAUUUUGGUAUGUCACGGGUAAUGGAUAUUGUGGAUGUACUAAAUAAUAUGCAACGUGAAGACCAAUCAUCACUUCAUGGUAAUUUUAAUACUGCAACAGGUCCAUUUUCUUUACUAGAUGAAGUAGGUAACCAAUUUCUUCAUGGAGCUGCUGCCAACGGUCGUCAUUUUGGAGCCGUUCAUUCUCGUUCUGAAUUUUUUAAUCGAGUGACGCAGAGAUCUUUAACUCCGUUCAAGUGUGUUUGGACUUCUUUCGCGCCCCCUAGAGUUAAGUUCUUUAUUUUGCUUGCACUUCAUAGUAGAAUUCCUUCUCUUCAAUUCUUGACUAUUCGCUCUAUUAUCUCGACGGAUAACUCCCUGUGCUCUCUUUGUGGCGUGGUUGAAAGUCAAGAUCACAUUUUUAUUCAUUAUAGUUUUGCUAGAGGUAUUUGGUGUGGUAUCCUUCAGAAACUUGAUGUGGUUUGGGUUUUUCCAUUUUCGUUUUUUGAUUUUAUGACUCAGUGGCAGACAGUAUUCCGAGAGGUCGUUAUUGGAAAUUAUGGCAGGAACGGAAGAAUUUUUAAUAACAAGGAGUCAGACAAAAAUGCGGUGAUCUUCAGUUGUUUUACCAAGGCAGCUUAG